AUGGCCGGCGUGAUUGCUCUUGAUUAUAUCGCUCUUCUUAUACCUGCGUCAAGUCAGAACAAGGGCAGGACCUUGAAAACAUUUAUAUCAAGAGCUGAAUCUGCCCUCUGGUUCAGUAAGCAUUUUGGUUUGGAUGUUGACAGCAUGCUGGUAAAGGAAUCAGAUACAGGUAAAAAACAUACAGUUUUGGAAGCUGGCACUAAAGAAACCCAAGAUCCAACUGCUAAUUCUGAGCCUGGUGAAAGAAAUCCUGUUUGUUCUCGAUAAAUUUUGUGUCGGUGAUGCAUGUUACCAUGAAUUCACCAUGAUCACAAAUGGCUUGCCAAAGUCCUAUCUUAUACAACAAUGUAGAAAUGACCUGAACAAGUUCUGCCGUAUUGAUCCUCUCCCAGGAAAACUUCCUGGGUCUAAAGUUCAUUCUCUCAGAGAUGUAAUAAAGGAUCAUGUUGUAAAUGGCAAAGAAGAGUACAGUACUCUGAAAGAGUCAUUUGGGGAAAUAUUUAGUGAAAUCAGAUCAUGA